AGUUUGUGCAUAGACGAUCUUUGCUCUGAGGUUGAGACGUUCGCUUCCUGUGGUGUGUGUGUGACUCCAUCCUUUCCAAGAAGCAACCAUGGCGUCAGGCCUACCCGGUGUCGUCUUCUUGGCCCUACUAUGUGCCGUUCUGCCCAUCUGCGUGUCUUCGGACGAUAAACACUGUCUGGCCUACACCGACUCAUCAAGCCAGUAUCACCCAUAUGAGCGAUGUGUCCAAGGAUUCUGCUGUGGUACUUGCCAAUCCAAACGGUGCUGUAGCGAUAGUUUUUGGCGCUUUACGGAGGAUAGCCAAGAAGCAUGUGAAGCCCGACCAAUAUUCAUGGAAUCCUCCUCCAUGUUGGGUUCCGUGAUCGGCGGCGUCAUCUUUGUGGUCGUGAUGCUCAUCAUCUGCUGCGUUUGUCCCUGCUGUUGCCUGUACAAGGUGUGCCGCAAGCCGCAACCGGUAAUCGCGACCACCACUCACACCACGGUUGUGACCAACACCCCUCAGCAUUACCCUCAGCAACCAACUACGUCGCCUGGGCAACCACAGCCCUACCAGGGGACCCCUUAUCCAGCCUACCAGCCUGUACCAAUGCAGGUGGGAUAUGGAGGCCAGCCCAUGCCACCUCAGGGAUACCCACCGCAGCCCAUGCCCGCUAUGCCCCAUCCAGGGCACCCUUACACACCGGGACCACCGCCAACCUAUCAGGAAGCCACUGGCCCGGCCUACCCUCCCAACCCGAUGCCUUACAGCCAGGCUGCGUUCACCCCUGGCCAGCCGUCCUACCCUCUGCAACCCCCCAUGCAGCCGCAGGCCAAUGCUACAGCAGCCCAGAUGGACUACCUGGCUCAGCCGGCGUACAACCCAGAUUUUGUCUCUCCGCCACCCAAGAUGGGAUAACUGGCACGUCCAGUUUGCUGCAGCAUCUUCAAAGAAUUUUCCUUUUCUUGCUUUUUUAUCAUCCACCCAGGCCAUUUCUAUACACACUCAAUGCACAGAAGGUCCGUGCAUGCUUUUUUUGUGAAGAGAUAUUUGCCUUGCAUUUCUCAGGAAGCAAAUCCACGUUUCCUGCCUAUUUUUUUUUCUUCUCUUCGUUCCUUGAACCUGCCGCAAAUCCUUAGUGAGCUACUGCAGCUUGAACUAUCUCGACCAUCUUCGGCCACGUUUGAUUAUUUCAGUGUGAAAAUUGGACACGUUUUUGUAGUGUUCUCUCGUGCUGACGUUACUGCCUUUUAGCACCGUUUCGCGUUCUCAUCAUUAGCUGCUUCUGUCGUCUGCCAGUACUAUUACAACGUGUAACCACAGAUAAAGUUCUUUUUGUGUGUGUGUGUGUGUGUGUGUGUGUGUGUGUGUGUGUGUGUGUGUGUGUGUGUGUGUGUAAUUGUUGUAAUGCGUUUUUGUGGCAGUUGUCAUAUAUGGCCUUGGCACUCUGCGGGUUUUUCAAAGUGUGGGACAGUGAGACUUACUUUACAGGACAUAAAACUAUUGUGUUGCGUACGUUAAGGUAUAACAAAAUGUAAAAAUCUUGGGUGUUCAAAAUGCUGUGUGAUAGCUCAGCAAGAAACAGUAUUAUGAGAUAUUUGCAACCUUAAUGACACUUAAACAUAACUUUUAGAAACGUGUCGCAAGGUGUGUGUGAAAUUUCAAGUCGUCGCAUUUUUGCACAAACUAAAAGGGAUUUUGAGGGCGCACUUUUCACAUCCCAUUCUGCAAUCCGCAAAUUUAUAGAGCAUCAUCCUGGUUCUGUUACUUUCUAUGUCGUAUUAGCUAAACGAGUUGUCAAUGCCACUGCAUAAAUUCCAGCGUGAAAUUAACACCAGUUUAGAUAAGCAUUGUAUUUAAGUCCUUUUUGUAUAUCAUUUAUUUUCCCCUCGCAACGUAGGAACAAAAAAAAA